CGUGGGCAGGGCGUGCGUACUAACACGUCAACGUCAACGUCAACGCGAACUAUCCGAUGAGCGCCAUGCCAUCGACGAAGAACGAAACCUGGACUCGGGGCGACCAAAGAGUGAGGAGUGGGAAACCCCUCGGUCCACGUGUCGAGAAGCCAUUCAGAGCCCCGCCCGAGGCACGGGAUAAGGUCUCGCUGGCGCCCCAUCAGCGAACUGGCAGAAGCAGCAGAAGAAGAAGAAGAAGAAGAAGAAGCAUCAGAAGCAGAAGCGCGAUCACGAGCACGAGACCGUCGUCGACAGAAGUCGAGCAAUUCGGCAUCCGUCACGCCGAACAUGGCUGCGACUCAUUCAUGCGCAACGUCGUCGUGGGGGAGAUGCGCGAGGUCGGAUCGCUUGCCCGAGAGAAACCCGAACUCCCGAGUCCGCGAUGGAAGUCUGCUCCUUCUCGAGGGGCGAUCCCCCCGCCGAAUUCCACGCUCUCUGCACUCCGCCCGAGCCACGCUGGAGCCGCCGUCCCGAGUCCAGGAUACGAGCAGGCAGACAUUCGUCAACCCUUCGUGGCUGUUCCCUAGUCGGGACGGGGACGGGGCCGAGGACGGGGCGAGCACGUCGGGGCGAUCGGCGGCGAAGGAAGCAGGUGCCGGCGAAUUCGACGCUCUGUACUUCCUCACGAUCCGCACGAGCCAGGAGGACAAUUCCGACCUGACGGAGCCCAGCGCCGGCAUUCAGCUGGCGAUGAUCGGCCAGGGCGGGCAGUCCCUUCUGAGGACUGUCCCUCCCGUGGCCGCCUCCAGCCCUUCGCGCUUCCGCACCGCCCGCUUCCAGGCCGGCGCCAGCGACGACGACGUCUUCCAGGGCCCCGACGUGGGCCGCCUGGCCGCCCUCUGGAUCGCUCCGGAACGAGGAACGUGGAGGCUGGCGCAAGCGAGAGUGAUCGUCGUGCAAUGGGUCCGGGAAUUUGACGGGCGGAUCGAUAGGGGCUCAGUCAAGGACGACUUGAGCGCGAUGCUCACCGCCAUGGCCGAGGCACUGCAGGAGUCAGGAGGCUCGAGGAAGUGGAGAGGCCUCGUGCACCUCUUCGAUUCGAACGAGAAGCUCAUCGGCAGUGAGGACGACACUCGCGCGGCCGAGCUGAAACCGUCGCUGGUGCGCGAGUACUCGGAUCCGAUCUCGAUGCGCGAGGCGCUGCUGGGGUCGUCGAUCAAAUCCGGGAAGAUCCCAUCGUCUUAUCUGCCCGCGGAGGAGGUCGAGCGGUUGAGGGAAUUGAGCAUGAAGGAGUACGAGGACCUGAAGCUGCAGUUCCUCGGCAUCACUCUGCUGCUGGUCGGAGUGGGCACCGCCUCCUUCGCGGCCCUGGGCCAAGACCGGCUGACGGAGAGCUUCGCAGCCGGCGGCCUCGGAGGAUUCCUGUACCUCCUCUCGCUGCAGAAAUUCGUGGAUCAGUUACCAGGUCCUGGAAACUCGUCCACUGCUGCACCACAGGCCGACGAGGGUGCUUCCUCAACUCUCGGGGCAGCCCGAUUGCCCCUGAGCGUCGCUCUGGUCGCAGGCAUCGCUCUGCUGGUUGGCAGAAUCUCGCAAGGGGGCGCUGUGGCUUCCAUCACCCCUCAGAUGCUUGUGGCUGGUGUUGGUGGCUUCCUGACCUCGAGAGUCGCCGUCAUUCUGGCCUCGCUCCGAGCCAAACCGUCUGAAGAUAAGUAGUUCUUCCGCCCUGACAGCACCGGACGAUCUGACAUGGAUCCUUUGUAAGCAAUUCGCGUGCACAGGAGUCGUCGAGGCUGUAGCGAUGGAUGGAUGGCCGCCUCUCACUUCAGACAUUCUCGCAAGUCACGAGUCGGUCGUCGCAACCUUGUACAUAUUUCGCUGGUCGUUGAUCCGCCGACAUGGCUGUUUGAACUGUGCAAUCUCAUGCUCUCUACACGACCUUGUAUCAAUCUCUCAUCCUCCCAUCCCUCUGCUUUUCUGCUUGACUGCUGUCUUCUCCACAAUUGUGUUCCUCCGUUCAUGAAUUGUACACCGUUCCAGCACCUCCUCAGGCCAGCUCAGCUCAGCCGAGCGAAGUGAACGAGGAUUCAUUGUGUCAUGUUCUCAAGCAGUUCAGGGACGCACGGGUGAGUGAAGUGAGUCCGUCCAGUCAGUAAUGAGUGGCAUGCCACACUCGGAAUCUUCUACGGCAGCACAUGAAACGGUCUACGAGGCUGUUCGUAGUCAAUUGUAGUCCGGAGGGAGAAGCAUUCGGGCUGUGACCAUCAAAAAUGGACAUGCUCAAGUACACGGAGCGUACGAAGUCCAAAGGAAGGAGACAGACAGACAAACAGACUGUCGGGCAGGUGCAUUGCAUACACCUGGCCCGCUGGCUGCCACUGGCACUGCGAAGUCAGUCGGUCGGCCGGCCGGCACACAAAGAAUCUUCUUAAACCGAGAGAAUGCUUCCCUCCCUCCCUCCCUCCCUCCCUCCAGGGCAGGGUAGGGCAACGGAGCCAUGGAGUGAAACCUCGUGUCUGCCACAACGCUUCUGUUUGUGAGACAUUGCGGGCGCCGGGAGGCCUGUGUUUCCUGGCGAACCUCACUCACAAUUAUCGCAAGGCAGGCCGACUGUUUGUGAGGCAGGCACAGUGGACCUUACUAAACCGUCCCGAGCUCCAAAUCAAUCCGAGCUCCGGUUCCACAGGUGGUUGGAUGACUCCAUUGUACAGUCGGUUGGUCCUUGGGAAAAAUGUGACGCCUUCGGCCUUUGACCAAGCGAGCCUUCAUGUGCCUGAUUUAAAUCCUGACCCACCCACUUGCUGCUCCACCUCCCACCCAUCGUGUAUAUACUGUCAUCAGUGGUUGUGCCCUGUUGACCCGCUGCUCAGCUGCGAGCACCGGAAGCAAAAGCUCAUGAACCUCAUGAACCUCAUUUCUCAGACUCAGACUCACUCUGCCCGACCCACAAUCCUGAGCUCAAGCUGUGCGUGCAUUCACAAGCGUCCGAGGCCUUGAAAUCCUCUGCCUCCGCCCACCUCUUAAGAACACGAUGCUAAGAGUGUUCACGUUUGAUGGAAGAAUUGUUUCGUCGGUAUACUCACACUUUCCUCGCCAAGCCAGCACCAAAUGUAUCGUCACUGUUAAUCCGUGCCACCGAAUGUCGGAUCGGAAUGUUCAAGGUAGCAGGGCUUGCGGAGUAUUGAUGUCUCCUCCGUCCCUAGCACUAGCACUAGGUCGGAAACGGCGGAGUCUACAGAGAGCUGGAGCUAUUCUGGCCCUAUUAUUGAUGUACGAUUUCAUGAGCAACUGAUUGAGCUUUCUCCCGCAACAGAAUAUGCAAAUGCUCUGUGUGACGACGCAGACCUUCCCUUUCCGUCUCCAGAUGUCACUACGACUUGGUUUGACCAGAUGGGCCAGUCCAGGCAGCGGGGACUACAAAGGUUCACCACUCUGCAAGUACAUCGUGGACAUGCCCCUGAACGAAUCGAGCAGGGUCCCGCCCAGGACGUCUUAGGCUAAUCGAAAUUUCGCCACGAGUUUGCACUGAACUUUCAACUGCCAGGCGAAUGGAUACGGUUUGAUGAUGUGUGGCGACGAUCAUGUCAAUGACUCAUGAGCUGAUUAGAACUUGGACUGACGUGUAUGGAGCCAGGCCCAAAACCCGGUCUCAUCGAGUAGUUGAGGUCAGCAGUCAGCAGUCAGCAGGAGUUCCUCCUUGCCCUCCCGGUCCAUUCCAUCAUUGACUAACAAUACCGCAGACCCAUCCGAGAACCUUCGUCGAUCUGGUGAUUUUAUCCACGGGAAGGAGAGUGCGGCACAAGUGAACCGAGGGAACAAAAUGGCAUUCAGACCAGUCAGAAUACGACGGCAUAUGAAAAACAUAUCCGAUACGAAGACAGGCACUGCACUUUCCAAACAGAACUGAACAGAAUGAUUAAAUUUGGGGGUGGGGAAGGAGCAGUGACCGGCACAAGAGACAAGAACGACGUCUACGAAGGACCCGCACGACGCAGAGAGAUACAGGACUGGGUUGGAGGAUUUGCUCUCACACGGCGAUUACUAUGCCUCUCGUGACGCUCAUGGUCGCCGUUGGUCGUCAUGUGCAUGCUUCCACUGAAGGUAGAAAGGGAGGGAGGGAGUCUGGGCGAAUCGACCCAAUCAGAUCCUGCCGAGAAAUGUCCAGCUGCUACGGCAGGCUCGGGAAUUUCUCCAGAAGCAGAACUUUGUCCUCGGGCGAGAACGGAUUAUUGCUGGCGACAGUGGCAUGACGACCCCGGGGCGCAAUUUGUCGUCACGUAAAGUUCACUCGAUUCAUGAUGCCCUCUCUGGAAGCAUGAUGAACUGGAUGAAAAUCAACAAGACACGACUUGUUCUACUACUGAGAGGAAGAAGAAGAAAUAGAAGAAGAGGAUGGAAGUACAAGCUUGCGAUUAAAGUUAUAGCAAUUUGGCGAAGCAAGUCUUAGUGACAUCUGGAAAUGGAAAGGGAAGGUCUGUAUCGUUAAAUGCGGGAAAAGCUCAUUAAACCGCCCAUGAAUCGUGGCUUGUGAAG